AUGGGCAACACCCUAUGGAGCUCACUGAUUCUUCAGGCUACCUUGAUCCUGCUCCUGAACUCCAGUCAUGCAAAGACAAAGUACAUUGGUACAGCAACCACAAAAAACUCAGCAGAUAUUACUGAGCAACUUGCAUUGGAUAUCAUCAACAUUAUUUACAACCUCCACAGCAAUGGUACAUACCUCAGCAAAGUAAUGAUCAAGAGACUUAAGGUUGUAAGUAAUAUGGCCAAUGGUCGAGUAGAACUAAGACCAACAAUGUGUACCCAGGCUGAAUCUGUCUUAGAUGAAUGUCCUUUAAAAAAGAAGCUCCUUGUGAUUCAAGAAGGUCAUAUGAUAAUUCAAUACAGAAAAUCAGAACGAAGGCAAAGACUAUGCAGCAAGUUCCAGUCUGAGCUGUCCAACUGCCCCUUCAGUGAACAUCCAGAACAGCAGAAGGAUGAACAGGAGAAAAGGAACUUUGAUUUUCACCCUGGAACCUUUAUGGUCACUUUGAAAAGGAGUCAGAAAGUGAAGUAUGUAGUCAGUAUCACAGAUGAUGCAAGUGUCAACUGA